AGGGUCAGUAUUUUCGUUAGAGGAGCGCCGCCUGCAGCGACCGGCCAAUGUAGCGGGGUGCUCAGCGGCUGGCGGGAGCCCGCAUUGGCGGCGAGCACACGUGAUGCAUGCGCAAUGUCGGGGCGUACGCUUUCCCUGGCUGCAGGCCUCCCGAGAGGUGGCCGGGACCUCACCGUGACUGCGAUUUGCUGAAAAGCCGCUUGUCCCCGCUCGCACCGAACCGCCAGAGUUGCCGCACUUGACUUCAUACACUUUCCUUCAGCUGGCUGAUAUAGUCGAAGAAAGAAAAAAAUAAAAAGGGCCACAGUGUAACCGGGAGGCGGGAAGCGGUCGGGUGGAGGCCGCAAAGCCUGGGCCUCGGGUCUGAUGUGAGGGGGGAGAAGCAGACCGGUGGUUCUUCGGAUCAUUGGCGGCUGGGGGCCGCCGGCCACAAGUAAACACGUUGCUUUUGUGGUGCUGGCUAAUUCCUGAAGAUUGAAAAUAAUUUGGAGUCGGUGUAUUUUUGGUACAGGUGUGCAACAUCAACAUGUCGAACAGCGCGGUGCCACCCCGGUGGCUGCAUUGCCCGAGGAGAGGGCAACCCGUGGCAGGAAAGUUUUUGCCUUUGAAAACUAUGUUGGGAUCAAGGUAUGAUAGUUAUGUUCCUGAAGAGAAUCGAUUCCACCCUAGUAUGCUUUCAAACUAUCUAAAGAGUUUGAAGGUGAACAUGGGACUCUUGGUUGAUUUAACAAAUACAAGCAGGUUUUAUGACAGGGCUGAAAUAGAGAAAGAAGGAAUUAAGUAUGUUAAGCUACAGUGCAAAGGACAUGCUGAGUGUCCCACUGAAGAAAUAACAAACAUGUUCAUUCGAUUAUGUGAGCAUUUCAUAUUUCAGCACCCUAUGGAAUUAAUAGGAGUACACUGCACACAUGGCUUCAAUCGAACUGGAUUUCUUAUCUGUGCGUACUUGGUAGAGAAGAUGGAUUGGAGCAUUGAAGCAGCAGUUGCUACUUUUGCGCAGGCGAGGCCUCCUGGUAUUUAUAAAGGGGAAUACCUGCAGGAACUUUUUUCUCGAUACGGUGAAUUAGAAGAUGCUCCUCCGCCACCAGAAAGACCAGAUUGGUGUUAUGAGGAUGAUGGUGAAAAUGUUGAUGAUGAUGGAUAUAAGAUUAGUAAUGACUCAGAACCUGGAUCUUCAGGCUCCAAUCCUAGCAAGAGGAGAAAAGAGCGACUUAAAUUGGGAGCAGUUUUUCUGGAGGGAAUGCAAGUUAAAGGUGUGACCCAAGUGACAAUCCAACCUAAACUGGGAGAGGUUCAAAGGAAAUGUCAGCAGUACUGUGGAUGGGAAAGGUCUGGAUUUCCUGGAGCACAACCUGUUUCUAUGGACAAACAAAACAUAAAAUUUGUUGAGCAAAAGCCAUAUAAAGUCAGCUGGAAAGCGGAUGGGGUACGGUAUAUGAUGCUCAUUGAUGGCAAGAAUGAAGUAUACAUGAUUGACCGAGACUGUUCAGUCUUUCAUGUGGCAAACCUUGAGUUUCCUCUUCGGAAGGAUCUUCGAAUUCAUCUGAGUAACACCUUAUUGGAUGGGGAAAUGAUCAUUGACAAAGUAAAUGGACACCCUGUUCCUCGAUACUUGAUAUAUGACAUAAUAAAAUUCAAUGGAAAGCCAGUUGGUGACUGUGACUUUAGUGUUCGAUUGAGCUGUAUUGAGAAGGAGAUAAUACAGCCACGGCAUGAGAAAAUGAAGACCGGCCAGAUUGACAAAACUAGGGAGCCAUUUAGUGUGCGAAACAAGCCAUUCUUUGACAUCCAUGCUGCAAGAAAGCUGUUGGAGGGAAGCUUUGCUCGGGAAGUUAGCCAUGAAGUGGAUGGACUGAUUUUUCAACCAACUGGGAAGUACAGGCCUGGUCGAUGUGAUGAUAUACUUAAGUGGAAACCUCCAAGCCAUAAUUCUGUUGACUUUCGUCUGAAAAUAACAAAAGUAGGAGGAGAAGGGUUGCUCCCUCAGACUGUUGGAAGACUGUAUGUUGGCAAUUAUGAACAGCCCUUUGCACAGAUGAAGGUAAACAAAGAACUGAGAGCAUAUGAUAACAAGAUCAUCGAGUGCAAGUUUGAGAACAACAGUUGGGUUAUAAUGCGAGAAAGGAUAGACAAGAGCUUCCCCAAUUCCUAUGACACAGCUAUGGCUGUCUGCAACAGUAUUGCUAAUCCAGUUACAAAGGAGUUCCUAUUCGAAUUCAUUGAAAGGAAUCAAAUGCUAUCCGAAAGAGAACCCCGGAAAAAAUCACUGGAUAUGGACUCUGAGCUAAUGCCACCGCCACCUCCAAAGCGACCAAACCAUGCUUUGUAAGCAUUAGAUUUGUAAACACAUCUUUGUAAAAAAAAAUACAAAUACAGAAUCAUUGUUUUUGCAGGUCUGCAUAGGCUGAUAUCGAAACUAUUUUCUCUGGGACAGAUGGAUACAGAUUCUCUUGGACAUCAUUAGAUUUCUCUCAGUUCAGCAAACUGUAAAAAUAAAUAAAAAAUCUUCAUCUAUUAAGCGCAGUUAUUAAUUUUCUUUACAUUUCCUAACUCUUGGUUAAUUCAGAUUGUUUUUGGGCUCUUUCAUUACUGCACUCCAACUUUUAGUCCCUAUCUUAUAUUUGCAAGAAAUUACAAUUGUAUAAGUAUUUAUUUUGUGGAGAAAAAUCACACUUUUGCUUUUUCACAAUGGAAUUCAAAGUUCUCAGAAUUCUAUGGAGCUGUUUGCUUUCAAUCAUUUUUGCAGUUUGUUGUAUAUAUAAAACGGAGAUUAAAUUAUCAUACAGUUUUUUUAAGAGCUUUAUUUUUAAUAUAGUUUUAAUCCACAGACUAUGCAGGCCAAAAAGAAAUUAAAGGUUCCUAUUUAAUAUGUUUAUUCUGAGUACCACAGCUUUUCAAAGCAUGGAUGUGAACCGACUUUGCGUUAACGAAAAGUGAAUAAAGAUUUCCCCGCAAAUCCUACCACCCUGCCCCAGCAAAACUAUGUAUUUGCUUUAAUUUAAAAAUGGUAGGCAUGUUAGCCUAAGUGCAUCCUCACUCCAUAUACCUUCUACUGACUAACUAACUUUCAUGUUUUCUCUUUUAAAUUAUGGGGGACUUGAUGUAAACAUUUGCAAUAAGUGUCAAUAAAAGACACCUCCUUCCUUUAGGAUGAAGUGUGUUGGAUUAUGUAAUUUUUAGGAAGACUUUGUUGCAUCUUUUUGUCUGUUAAUUAAAAAAUACAAAUGUUUCAAGUU